UCUAUUCAAUACUUCUUGGAGCAGAAUUAUACGGAAGGAGAGCUUUAUGCCACCACUUGGGGUGAUGCCUGGGGAUCCGGCUCGGUACUAGACAGCUACAGCACAAUGCAUACUUGCAGUAAUCUGCUAUUCCUUCGAAGGUUCAUCGAAGCUGUGAUACAAUACACCGGUGCCAAAAAAGUCGACGUCAUUGCUCACUCAGUCGGCGUCGUUCUAGCC